AUGCGUGAGACAAAGGAAACGACAAAUUUGUCGCCUCCUAUGACCCCGACCCGUCUUACUCAACCGUCAACGUUUAAUCAAGCUGCUUCUGCGAUGACUUCCAUGCAUCUGAAUGACUUGUCCGAGCCCAUGACUUAUCCCACGACGCCCUACGCCACUGCUAGUGAUACUGCUGCAUACUCGAUGAUGCCCACAACCGCUGCAACGACGGCGCCAGUCUCGGCUGCGGCGGCCAAUGCCGCUAAUUUAGCGGCGCCACAUGGUUUGGCGAUGUCAAUGACGCCGAAUCUGGUCGGAUGGAAUUCUCCGAUAGCGUCGGUGCCCUACCCUCCGACACCAUCGUCUUUAUCGCAUGAAUUUAACGUACCGACAUUAAGCUCGCCGGCCGGCAUGGUUCCUGUGGGCAGAACCGUAUACAUUGGUAACAUGCCGCCAGAAGCAAGUGCGGAAGAGUUGCUCGACCUUGUGCACUAUGGACCUAUCGAAAACGUGCGGCUCCUACCGGAAAAGGCAUGUGCAUUCAUUUCAUUUUUGUGUGGGCAAGUGGCUGCGGCAUUCCAUGCAGAUUCAUCCGUGAGACGCAUCUCAUUACACAAUCGCGAGCUGAAGAUUGGAUGGGGCAAGCCAUCUGUGCCGCCACCAGCCAUUGUGUAUGCGGUACAACAUCAACAGGCAUCACGGAACGUAUAUUUUGGCCAACUGGACGAACAUGUGACUGAAGAAACGCUGCGUUCAUCACUAUCCAAGUUCGGACCUAUUGACCAGGUCAAGUUGAUUCGUGAACAAAACAUUGCUUUCGUGCAUUUUCUGUCCAUUCAGACUGCCAUGAAAGUUGUAACAACACUGCCCAUGAGUCCAGAGUGGUCCAAAUACCGGAUCAACUAUGGCAAAGACCGCUGUGCCUAUGUUCCAAAGGGCCAGCAGCAAAUCCAAGCUCACAACCACCAGGCAGCCGCUAUGGGCUUGGCUACUGCCAUGUGGCUUGGCUACCCCACUAGCUACUCGAAUUAUGGGCACGUGCCGCCUUGCUAUUUAGACGCAGGCGCCGAGAUGAAUACGACAAGUGAUGGAAGCACACCUGCUCGCUUGCAAGGGCACCCGCUAGGCAACGUGGAACCACAACUCCAUCAGUUUGGGAACCGUACUGUGUACCUGGGCAACUUACACCCUGACACGACCGCAGAAGACAUAUGUAAUCAUGUUCGUGGUGGCAUAUUGCAGUCCAUUCGAUAUAUGCCGGACAGGCACAUCGCAUUUAUUACGUUUGUGGACCACAAUGCCGCACUGACAUUCUUCCACAUGGCGCUUGUUUCAGGUAUUACGGUUCAUAAUCGGCGGCUAAAAAUUGGAUGGGGAAAGCCAACCGGUCCUCUGAGUCCUGCCAUUGCACUGGCAGUUCAGUCGGGCGCUUCCCGCAACGUGUAUAUUGGGAAUGUCAGUGACCCUGCCCUUAUGAAUGAAAAUAAAAUUCGCACAGACCUCUCCGCCUAUGGAGAGCUAGAAAUGGUUAAUACUUUGCCCGAGCGCAAUUGCGCUUUUGCCAACUUCACUAACAUUCAAUCUGCCAUCAAAUGCAUUGAGGGCCUCAAGUCCCAUCAAGACUAUCAAUCUGUAAAAGUUUCUUUUGGAAAGGAUCGAUGUGGAAAUCCUCCAAAAUACUUCACCCAACUCGCUAUGAAUUGGAACUCGCCAGGGCGAUCGCCCGCUUCAACCCCUAAUGAACGGAGCAUCGAUGAGAAGAGCAACAUGAAACCCAGCAAGGAAACAACAAGUCCAGCAUCUUGA